CUCCAUUAAGCUUCAUUUAGCUUUGCGACUUGUUAACCAAACACCACGCAUUAUCCGCAACUCAAUUGAACUUGCACCAUGGCCUCCCGCGUGCUUAGAAUAGGUCUCAUCCCCGGCGACGGUAUUGGCCGCGAAGUCAUCCCCGCCGGCCGUCGGAUUCUCGAGGCCCUCCCGUCGUCGCUCGGGCUCAAAUUCGAAUUCUCCGACUUAUACGCCGGAUUCGAGACCUUCGAGAAGACGGGCGCCGCUCUACCCGACCGUACCGUCGAUGUCUUGCGCAAUGAAUGCGACGGCGCGCUCUUCGGCGCCGUGUCCUCGCCUACUACGGCCGUGAAAGGCUACUCCUCGCCCAUUGUCGCUCUGCGCAAGAAGCUCGACCUUUACGCCAACGUGCGCCCUGUCAAGAGCGUUCGCACCGCCGCUAAGCCCAUCGAUAUGGUUAUUGUGCGCGAGAACACCGAAGACUUGUACGUGAAGGAGGAGCGCACUAUUGAGCGCCCGGACAGCGAGGGCGGAAAGUACGCCGAGGCUAUCAAGCGCAUUUCAGAGCGUGCAUCUAGCCGUAUUGCUACCAUGGCCGGCGAGAUCGCUCUGCGCCGCCAGAAGAUCCGCGACUCUUCCUCGUCUUCCUCGUCCAUCCACUCACAUCCCCUUGUAACCAUAACCCACAAAUCCAAUGUUCUAUCCCAAACCGACGGGCUGUUCCGCACCGCAUCGCGCGCCGCUCUGUCUGUACCGCGCUUUGCUUCCGCUGUAACAAUCGAGGAGCAGAUCGUCGAUAGCAUGGUGUACAAGCUAUUCCGCCAGCCCGAAGCCUACGACGUCAUCGUCGCACCAAACCUGUACGGCGAUAUCCUAUCUGACGGUGCCGCAGCUCUCGUCGGCUCCCUAGGAUUAGUACCUUCGGCCAACGUAGGCGAGGGUUUCGCGAUUGGUGAGCCGUGCCACGGUAGUGCGCCCGACAUCGAGGGCAAAGGCAUUGCGAACCCCAUCGCUACUCUACGCAGCACUGCGCUCAUGCUCGAGUUUCUAAAUGAGGAGGCUGCCGCAGCCAAGAUUUAUGCUGCUGUCGAUGCUAACCUCGAGGAAGGAAAAUUGUUGACGCCCGACUUAGGCGGAAAGGCUACGACGGAGGAGGUUGUGCAGGAUAUUCUAAAGAAGUUGUAGAUACACACUGAUUCUGUUUCUCAGUGAGGUUGGCCAAGUACCUAAGUAUAUAUGGUAAGUGACGAUGAACGUUUGUCAUGUUAAAUGUGAGGAAUA